GUCCACUAAGAGUCAGGGAAGCAGUAGUAUUUCCAGCGUGUGUGACAUUGGUAUGAAUCAGUUGGGUUCACACACAACCGAAUAAUGUUCUCUAUAACUAUCCUGCGCAGAUUACGACCCUGUAUUGUUUCUCAGUCGCUCAGUUACAUUCACAGUACAGCCGCGCGACAUGGCGCGUCGCUUCCUGUGUCGUGUUUCAGAGGAAUCAGUGGGAAACAGCUUCAUGUUAUCAGAAGGUCGUUCCUCCAGAUAAACAACAAGGCACAGUCCCACUGUCUGUCCACCCGCUCUGUCUCCACACCGACCCAGUCUGAGGAUGGGAAGCUCAUUUAUACUGGCACCCUGGGCGUUGCUGUUCGAGGGGUAAAACUGUUCUCUUACAGCACCAGCGGGGCCAGCCUCGUCCUCAUGCCCCAAAUCCUCCUGAAGACCGGACUGGGAGUCCAGAGCUUUGCCCUGCAGGCUGCUUUCUGUGGAGUCAUCGGCUUCUUCACCUUCCUCACCCCCGUCCUCCUCCACCUCAUUACCAAAGGCUAUGUGGUCCGCCUGUAUCACAACCCAGAUGGAGACACCUACACCGCCAUCACCUACAGCAUCUUCCUCACAGAAAAAAAGACUGUGUUCCACCAGAGCCAGGUCAGGAUCCCUGCCGUCAGCAAGAUGUUCACCACUUUCUACGCCAACAGCACGGGGCUGCUGGUGAACCCGGACCUGUUCGCCGUCCCACACGACUACAAUCACCUGAUGGGAUAUGACAAGCCCUUCAGCUUCCACACAGAUGACAUGGACAGACCAGAUCAGAGCUGAGAGACUGACUGUAAACAGGCUGCAUUACAUCCAAACACUCUGCUUCUACCACAGAGGAACAUCCAUCGACGACUUGGCAACUGAAAAAACGUCUCUUCUACACCCUGAGUGCUUCAGUGCAUUAUCUCUCUGUGAUUAAAAUAAAAAUGUUUUUGUUCAAACCCCUUUUAUUUCCCUUUAGAAGAGCAGCCGAACUUCACAAGAACUUUGCAGAAAUGAAUGACGGACAGAAUGCUCAGUGUCUGGUACUUCUCUGUGAACUGGUCUGAGCAGGGAGGUGGAGGUUGGUGGGGGCAGCUGAUCGUAUCCUGGUAAAAGAAGUAAAGAAGUGUUCAAGUCUGAGCAAGCAUUCAGUGCCAGCUUUGUCAGCAGAUGUUAGUGGAUGUUUGCAGGUUUGUCAUUAAGUAACUGUCAUAACAUUAUCAACAGGAAGUUGUGUGACUUAAUAUUGAGAUUUUUUUUUUUAUCAGUACCUAAUAAACCGAAACGUUUUUGAAAUAUGAA